UGAAAUAAUACUACAACUUACAAUUGUCUGCUGGUGUUAUAUUACAGUCGUGUCGUACGUUUUAUUACCGAAAUAUAGCUAUUAGUAGGCAAUGUUUGUGUGUUAGGAUUGGAGCUAGCUAAACCCUAAUAUGUUGAUAGACGUACGCAGGUCGUCAACACCGUGCUGUGUACUCACUGCGGUUGUGUUGAUGAGCUGUUAGCAAUGGUGCAAGGACGGGCAGCGUCAUCAAGCCCGUUGAGGGAGACAUAAUUAAACUGACUACCGAGAAAACAAGGUCUGUUUUCAUCUUCAUUUAAGGCCUUUGCUUCUGAACCGACUGCAAAAAUGGUGUGACAACUGUUACGGACCCACCUUAAAAGAACUGGAUACAAACUGUACAUAAAAUGGCGCAAUCCCCUCACUUGGACAUCACCAAAAUUGGAGAGAGUGAACGUAUACAAGAAGAAGAUACCAGUAUUCCACCCGACACACAUAGUCACACAGAUGAUGACCACCUUGCUCAUGAUCGUAGCAGAGGUUGGGAGUCUUUUCCCUGUCAGGACUAUGAACAGUGUUUCAACAGCCAACAAGGCUUGGUACAACACAUGCAUAUUCACGCUUUGGUGAAGAAUGUGCCACCUGGCUACAAAAGCAAGAGGAGCAAAAUCUUCUGUGGUCCAGAUUUAGAUCAACAGCUGCAUGAGAAUGUGAAACCUUCAGUUUCAGCAAGCUCAGUCACUCAGCUUGAAAGCAGUAGUACUGCCGUGUCAUUGACUGAAUGUAACAUGUCACCACCUGACAGAGAACCAGAUGAGUUGCUUCAAGAGGAAAAUCUUCAGCAGGUUAUCAUCGCAACGUUAAAGCAUGGAAACAAAUUGGAUGUGGAGAAUAAAAGCGAAGGCACUGGACAGUACAUGCUAGAUGUCUCCAGCAGUACGUCAGAAAACCUCAGCUUUUACUUUGAUGGGAAAAUAGUGUCAACGAGCACAUUCAGCGGCUGUGAAGCCGCUGAAGUUCAUUCUGCUUGUUUAAAUUUGGUUGGACUGGACACCCUGAUUCUAGAUCCCUCCCAAUUCAACCCAGGGUUGAGUAUUGAUUCAAUUCUGAGCAACCAAGAGUUGCAGGGUUUAGUACCAGCUAAGAGAAGAACUGCAACACCUCCCCUGUUACCCCUAAUUCAAACUGAAUUGGAGUCUGAGGUGGUUGUUUCAUCAUCAUCACUUGUGACUUCGGUAAUAGAACAUUUACUUCCUCAGAAUACAGAGUCCACAGUUGCCCACCCCAAAGGAACCUCUGUAUUUCUAUCCCCAAAGUUACAGCAGCUACUCGAGAAGCAGGACAACCUAAAUCCCGCACCUUCCCUGCUUCCAGAUGGCCAAACACCUUGUUCCCUUGUCUCUACUGCUGCAGCAGGAAGGUUUAAAAGAAGGACCGUAUCUCCUCAAAGUUCUCCUCAGCACAAUGUAUCAUCUGAUGAGGAAACAAUCAUACCAGAUCCAGACGGCAGUGAUGCUGUUACUUUAUGGCAGAUGGACACCCACUCUACCAAUGAACAGGUUAAUGCAUCAGAAAUUGUAGAGGAACCACAAGCGAUUCCCAUUUUAACUGAGAGUUGGUCUCCUGUGACUGUCAACAACUGUAAUCAGCAACCAUUGGAUCUCUCCAAUACAAUGAAAAGGCAUGGCCCUGACACUUCUGCUGCACUGGAUUUAAGUUUGCAAAAAAAUAACCUUAACAAAUCUGAACUGAUGUCAAAUGUAGUUGCACAGUCAAAUGGAAAUCCAAACUUGUGGAUAGAAGAGUGUGAUUAUGUGAGUGAAGAGCAAAACUUGAGCCUUGGAAGCCCUAAGACGCCUGUAGUGACAGACUUCAUUGUUACUGGUCAAAAUAUGGUUGACCCUGUUGCAGAGGGACUUGUUUAUGGACUUGCUGUCCCACCCUGUUCUCUGAUUUCUACACCUACGACUCUUACACCUUUUAGUUUCCCGACAACUUCCCCAUGCACAAUAUCAUUUGAACCCCCAACUUCACACACCGUUCUACCUACUGCUCCUUCAUUAAUCACAGUUCUGGCAUCAGCACUAGCUGUUCCUGGCCCCUCAAGCCAACCUGUCCAGGUCUUGGCUCCAACUAUAUCACCUGAGCCACUGGUACUCUGCACAGAAAAUUCAGGAAAUUCUACACGGUGUGACUCCACCUCUGCACUUGCAGCUAGCAAUGCUGCAAACCUUCUUGCACUCUCACAACCGCUAGACGCUUCUCUUAAUCCUGGCCACAUGUUUCUUAGUGACCCAAUUGCCUUCAACCCCCCAAUAAAUGAAGCCAAUGCAGUGUCAGAGGUGCCUUUCACGGCUACUUCCACACUAAAUGAUCCCCUCUCAAACUCAUACAACAAUAUCACAAGCAACACUGUCCUGAUUGAGUGCACAAUUUCCCUUGAAACUCCAGUAAGUGUCUCUGAUGCUGUUACUAUGCAAAACGACACAGACACGCCAGCAUCCACACAAAUGCUUAUUAAUCACAUUGACCAGCAACAGAUUGUCCCAUUACCCAACAAUGCAACUGUAGACCCCACCAUUCAUAUGCCCUCCAUUGAAGAGUCAGUAACAAUGUCCGCUACUACCUCAGUAACACCGGAUUGUCUUGCAGAGUCUGUGUCAAAUUCUGACCCAGAACAAGUCCCUGAAACUCAACCUCCAAUUGCAAAAGGGGAGGAAUUUACUGACAUCACAGAUUCAGCGGUGGAAACCUUUGCUGACACCUCAGGCCGAGAUGAGAAGUUGGAAAAUAUACACCCCCCGAGCAACACACCAAGGCACUUAGAGCAGCAUACUUUCACCAAGAACUUCAUCUGCAAUGUGUGUGAUCAGUUGUUCCACUCAAUGAAAGAACUCGGUCAUCACGUUAGCGACCAUGCUGACGAAUGGCCCUAUAAAUGCGAGUUCUGCGUUCUGCUCUUUGAUAAGCCCGCUGCUUUACUAGACCAUCGAUCAAGCUUGCACAGCGUUGACAAGACUUACGUUUGCAGUGCAUGCACAAAAGAUUUUGUUUACUUUUGCAAUCUGAAACAGCAUCAAGAGGAAUUGCAUCCUACUCAGCAGUGUACGUUCACUGAAGAAGAAAAAGGAAAAAUAAGACCUCAGAAUUACAACUACUCUAUGAAAGUCAGCACAGAGCCUCCAGUGUCUGAUGCAUCUGAAGAACCCAACAAACAAGUCAAAAAAGAAGAAAAUCGUGUCGAUCUAACUGCGGAAGAAUUAUUUACAACAAUUAAAAUCAUGUCCUCAGAUAGUGGCAAGGUCAAAGGGCCCGAUGUUCGUCUUGGAAUUAAUCAGCAUUAUCCAAGCUUUAAGCCCCCUCCCUUUCCUUACCAUAAUAGGUCACCUGCUGGCUCCCUGGCCUCAGCCACAAACUUCACUACCCACAACAUCCCACAAACCUUCAGUACAGCUAUUCGGUGCACCAAGUGCGGUAAAAGCUUUGAUAAUAUGCCAGAGCUGCACAAACACAUUCUGGCUUGUGCAAACGCCAGUGAUAAGAGGCGGUACACACCCAAAAAGAAUCCGAUCCCUCUACGCCACUUUGCAAAAAGCCAAAAUGGAGUACUGUCCACAGCUAACUCAGCAAAUGAAUUUAAUGCUUCAAAUGGAGCCAGCCAGUCCCCCACAGAGUCAUCAGUCAAAGUUAAGUUUAAAUUAUUGAACAGAAAGAAGAGAAAGCUGGUCCAAAGGGUCAUGCCCCAGAGAAACAAGUCCACGUCCUCUUCCCACGUGCAUAAUGAUGUAUUUGCCUGCCCUCACUGUAGCAGGGAGUUCACUAUGCGCCGCAGCCGAACCAAACAUAUUGCUGUCUGUCCUAAAAAACCCAAAGAAGUAAGAACAAGAAAAGAGGGAGGACUAUCUGUAACUAAGGAAAACGAUGGUCGACUUCAUAGAGGGGUCUCUAAUGUUGAGCAAAAGCAAGAGGCCUCACCUCAUCGUAGGACGAGACUCCAGACAUCAGGGCCAACUAAAAGGCCUACCAUUCUUCCUGCAGUGACAGGCUUCUCCAGCAAGAGGAUGAAAUUUGCAAUAAAAGACACACCAAUGUCUAAAAAUGAGAUGUCUACCUUGAACGAACUUCCCGUGGUUCGCUCUUUUAAUCCUCCUCUGCGGCAGUACACGCGGGUACAUCAUGGUAUCAAAGAUAUUCCUGUUGAAAUAACCUUAGUGAAACAACAAACCGACCGGCGGAGGGACGAGUCGCCUUCUACUCCGAGCCAAGAGGCGCCAACUACUGGUGGAAGUUCUAAGCAAAGUGCUAUAGCUUGAAGACCUUUCUGCAGCCCUGUCAGGUCGAUGAACACCCUUCCUGCCCCUUCACCCCGUGAAGACUCAACUACACUGUACCAGAAAUUAAUGAAACUAAGGACUUGGAAAACAAGGAAUAACACAAAAACAACACAACUGAACUACUUCUGCAAGUAGAUGUAUUUUCAAACUCUUGUAGUUUGGAAUUUGGCACAGUCCUCGAUUUCGUCAACUUUCCGUCAACAGCCUAGAUUUUUGCACUUUGAAGUUAAUCUGACUGCAGCGUGUUGUGGAGAAAAUGGGAGGCACUGAAGCUGAGAGGCUUCGCUCAUUUCCCGCUUGGUGGGCCACUCGGCGAAGAUGGCAGGUGGCAAUCACUGUCAGCAUGGAUUUGCACUACUUUUUCCUUAUCACUCAUAUGUUGCCUUUUUGGAUUUAAAUUCUUCACUGCAUGCUGUGCGCCUGUGCUUUUGUGUUCAUUUGGGGUGAAGGAUAUUGGCUCUUAAACAAUAAUUAUUAUUCUGCUUUGGCAGACUGGAAUUAACUUUAAAAUAGAAUCACUGAACAGAGCACAAUAGUAUUAAAAGCUACCUUUCAAAGUUGUGCAAUUGCUUAUUGUGAAUGUAUUGUUGGGCAGGGUUAAUGUUACAGCUUACACAAAUCACAAUUAGCUUAUUUGGUUGGUUGCCUCUUAUAUAUUUCUAUAAAAAGUAGAUAUAUUCAUGUUGUUGAAAGUGAAUGACAUGAUUACUUGUAGCAUCAGAAUCAAUGUUUCCAUGAAGAUUUGUUUUAAUUUAGUGGUUUACCCAAAUUGAUCUUGUGUCUGCAGUCUUCUGUAGAUUCCUUUUCAAGUAAUUAUGUUAAAUACAGAGCUGGUAGGUCACAGAAUUUCUCAAAGUAGAGAAAUAAAAAACGCUGCUAACCUAUCAUGUAAUAUAUGUUUUUGUCUAAAAUUGUAUGUUUUUUAAAUUGUAUUUAUCAACUCUAUAAUGCAAACACUUCAUCCUGACUGUGUAAUAUACUAAUGUGCUGUAUCUCAGAAUGCAAAUAUAAGUUUAAUUUAGAGUUAAGUCUGAAAAAGACUAUUGAAGGUUGUAACUCUGAAAUGGUUCUAGUCUAUAUAUUCAUAAGCUACUAGUUUAUACAGGGUACUUAAAUAAUCAUAUGUAUAUCAAAUAGAUUUUUAAUUUCGGCAACAUUUUUUGUAACGUUGCCUCUUUGCUGUAAUGCUCCCACAGACUGCAGUAUGUUGGAUGUACAGGCUGUUUAGGGAAACUGUUGUCUAACUGUGAACGUUGGUUUAGCAUUUUAAAGUGAAAGUCAUGUGUAUUUAUUAAUAAUUUAAAGCCAUGUAAUGAUUCUGAAGACAUUUUCUGUUUGAUUUGCACAAUUUUUGUUUCCAAGAGUGUGGUCAAAAUAAAUGAAUGUUCGUGUUAA